AUGCUCUACCAAUCAAGCUCUAAGAGGAAUAAAUUAUCAGUUGUUAACCAUCGUUUUAAUGUUGUUUGUUGAUUUUAAUUAGUCUUAACUUGCCUUUUAAUGCGAUGCAUGUGUACAUGAUCGUCCAGUUGCAUUAGAAAAUUAGGUGUUUUAAUUAUUUUCUUGACAUAGGUUUGGUCUUUUUCUAGGAAGAGUUGUGUAUAAUUUAGCAUUUUAGCCAUUUGUAUUGGUCAAGGUCAACAAUUAUAAAAAUCAGAAAUAUUACCAAACCGAACUAAACCGGAUAAAUAACCGGAUGCAAUCCGCGGUUAACACAUUAUGAGUCUUCUCCACGGGGGAGAGGACAAGAGAAUCCAUAAAAUCCGGGAUUUUGAAUUCAAUAGAGUCUUCUUCUUCUCUUGAGCGAAUACGACUCUUAUUAGAAAACGUUACGUACAUACGGAAAGCGUUUACGUUAACAAUCUCUGAGUUCCUCUCGCCAUUGUUCUCAGUGAGCUCUCCUCCCUCUACUUUGUUCUUCCACCACGAAACCUUGUCGUCGUGGUGAUAAUGUCGACGGCGAGUUUGUAUCGGAGGUUCCUUCCCUCUCCUCCGGCGAUAGAUUUCGCUUCUGUUGAAGGCAAGAAAAUAUUCAAUGAAGCGCUUCAGAAAGGAACAAUGGAAGGAUUUUUCAGGCUGAUUUCUUAUUUUCAGACGCAGUCCGAGCCUGCCUACUGUGGAUUAGCUAGUCUUUCUAUGGUCUUGAAUUCUCUUUCUAUUGACCCCGGCAGAAAAUGGAAAGGUUUAUAUAUAUAUACACACUUCAUAGAAGAGACACUUUUUUAUUUUUUUAUUUAUUUUAUUUUCUCUCGUAUAGGGCCUUGGAGGUGGUUUGAUGAAUCAAUGCUGGAAUGUUGCGAGCCGCUUGAGAUUGUCAAGGAUAAGGGCAUUACGUUUGGCAAAGUUGUCUGUUUGGCUCAUAGCUCAGGUGCUAAGGUCCAAGCUUUCCGCACCACUCAGAGCACUAUUGAUGAUUUCCGCAAAUACGUCUUGAAAUGUUCCACUUCUGAUAAUUGUCAUAUGAUCUCUACCUAUCAUAGAGGAGUUUUCAAGCAGACUGGAACAGGCCAUUUUUCACCUAUUGGUGGCUAUAACGCUGAAAGAGAUAUGGCUCUGAUUCUUGAUGUCGCUCGUUUCAAGUAUCCUCCUCACUGGAUUCCUCUUAAACUUCUUUGGGAUGCCAUGGACAGUAUUGAUGAGUCAACUGGGAGACAUAGAGGGUUCAUGCUUAUAUCUAGACCCCACAGAGAACCAGGAUUACUCUAUACUCUCAGUUGUAAAGAUGAGAGCUGGACCAGCAUAGCAAAGUAUUUGAAGGAAGAUGUUCCUCUUCUUGUAGGCUCCCAACAUGUUGAUUCCAUCGAAAGAAUCUUAGAUGUUGUUUUCAAGUCACUUCCCUCAAACUUCAACCAAUUUAUCAGAUGGAUGGCCGAGAUAAGAAGAACGGAGGAUAUAAACCAAAAUCUCAGCUCAGAAGAGGAAUCAAGGCUCGACCUUAAGCAAGAGUUGCUGAAACAAGUGCAGGACACUGAAUUGUUCAAGCACGUGGAUAAGUUUCUAUUCUCUGUGGGCUACAAAGACAAUCAGUCAUAUGUUCUUGCCAAGACUGGUUCCCAAGGAUCUGAAACAGAAUCAGAUGAGUCUUGUUGUUCGGCAACUUGUGUGAAAUGCAUCAAAGGUGUUGGUGAGGAUAAAGUGAAGGCUUACCCAUCCGGGAAUGAUGUGUUCACUGCUCUUCUGUUGGCUUUACCUCCACAGACAUGGUCAGGUAUCAAAGACCAAUUACUCCUGCAAGAGAUGAAACAGCUCAUUUCCAUGGUUAGCUUCCCAACUCUGCUUCAACAGGAGGUGUUGCAUCUACGACGCCAACUUCAGCUGCUAAAAAGAUGCCAGGAGAAUAAAGAAGACGAAGACCUCUCUGCUCCUGCCUGACACUAAUCACUCUCAUUUUUUUUUCUCAAACAACCAACAAAACCUUAAGCAACCAUUGAAUGUCUAAUUUAUCCCGCACAAAUUUAGAAAAAAAAACAAUAUAUCCUUCCUUACGAUCUCAUGCAAGAUGUAUUUGAAUCUGGCAAAAGCUAUGUACUAACUAUAUCACCAUCACAUUGCUUUA